GCGGGAAGUGCUGAGGGCAUCGCGGGGCCGGAAGGAGAACAUUUUGUUAAAAAUUAAAGGGGGGGAAAAAAAGAGUUAAAUUAUUUAUUGUAGUGAAUAAUCCGAAAGAAAUAGCCAUAGCUCUGUCCAGGGUUUACGGAGCCAUCUGAGCGUGUGUCGAGAACCGUGUCAGGGAUCUGAUCGCAGGUUCACGGGCUCAGCUGUCGGACAAAAUAAUUUCAAUUUUACCCCCCAAAUCAACGCUUUGAGGAGUAAAACGCUUUAGUAAGCGGCGCGUUAUAAGCAUAGCAGUUGAUCUGAUUAUGUUCUUAAACUGAUUAUUUUAAAAUAUUUGGUUGUUUGCUUUAAGCAACCGCAGUUCAGCUUCAUCGCACCGCCUUUGGGAAAUAACCUAAUCUUUCCCUGGGCGGUGAUCUAAACUGAUCUGAAAACUUUUCCUUUUUCUUACUUCUCUUUUUUUUCCUCCCUUUACAAAUCCUGAGACAGCCCUGGAUUCUUCCUUAUCCAACGGCUUGGUUUUUCAUAUUAAUCUGUAUUACUCCCCCGCGUAGAGCAAGUGGCAAAGCAAACCUGUUCCCGUUCAGUCCAGAUCCCAGAUGUUCCGUGUCCUCCCUCCCCUGUGCCCGUACAGCGUGGGGACUGGCAAGAGUGGUGGGAAGGACUCCAGAAGGCUCGUGCACAAAUCCACGGGAGGGAGAGCAGCCGAGGGUGCUGUGUGAUGUGCAUGCUCCCUCUUACCUGCUGCAGGUACCUCAGCCUUGAAGGGAUCCUUUUCAUUUGGACCCCGUGUCUUCUCCUAAGUAAUUGAUCACCGGGCACCCGGGGACACCCAAUUCACAGCCGAGUGGGAUCAGCCCUCAUGAAUAAUCAAAGCGCCGUGGCCGUGCUGCUGCAGGAGUGCGAGCGAGCUCUGGACACGCUCCUGGCGGCAGAGGCCGGCACGGGCGAGGGAGAGGAGCGGGAAUACCGGCGGUGCCAAGCUCUGCUUCCUGAGGAUGUGAGGAGCCUUCUGGAGGAGGCAAAGGAAAUGAAGUGGCCCUUUGUGCCGGAGAGGUGGCAAUACAAACAAGACCUUGGCCCAGAAGACAAAACAAACCUGCAAGAUAUGAUCAGCGCCAGGCUCCCUGACUUGCUGGCUUAUCUGAAAGCCUCCAUCCUGGUGAAGGACUGCGCCACGGCCACCGCCGUAGUGUUCCUGAUCGACCGCUUCCUGUACUGGAUUGACGCCUCCAGCAGGCUCCUGCGGAUCGCCAAGGCGCUGCACAGGCUGCAUCCCGGCGCUCCCAUCAGCCCGCAGGUGCUCAUCCGCCAGGCUCGCCUCGCCGUCAACGCAGGCAAACUUUUAAAAGCUGAAUAUAUCCUAAGCAGCCUGAUUAGUGACAAUGGAGCAACGGGAACCUGGCGAUACGCUGAGGAGAGCGAUCGGAUUCUUGUUCAGGCAGUCUGCUUACAAAUCAGGGGACAGAUUCUGCAAAAGCUUGGGAUGUGGUAUGAGGCAGCAGAGUUGAUCUGGGCUUCAGUCGUUGGAUACUUCAAACUUCCUCAGCCAGAUAAAAAGGGAAUUGCCACUUCCUUGGGUAUUAUGGCAGACAUCUAUUCUUCCAUGAAUGAGCAGGAUUAUGCACGUUUUAAAACCAAUGCUGACACUGACCUGAGCCUCCUGCGGGAGUUCAGCCAUCGCUUGUUAUCGGCUGCUGAGGCCUGCAAGCUGGCAGCAGCCUACAGCCAGUACACCCCCCUGUUUGUCCUCACGGCCGUGAACAUCCGUGGGAUGUGUCUGCUGUCCUACAGUCACUCCAAGGACUGUCCCCCGGAAAAGAGAGAGUUCUACUUGUCCGAAGCCAAAGAAUCCUUCGAGAUUGGGCUCCUCACCAAGGAGGAGCAGAGUGCCAUUACCAGCAAGCAGGAGCUGCACAGUUUCAUUAAAGCUGCCUUCUGCCUCGCCACCGUGCACCGAUGGCUCUACGGAGAGAGCCAGGAGCUCCGUGAGGUCACUCAGCUGUGCAGGGAAGCCCUGGGAAAACUGCACUCCUACAGCACCUUGUUUCCAGAGGAGGAAGGUAAAGGGAUGCUUGCCAAGGAGAUCAUGUCUCUGAUCACAUCCGUGAAGAAGCGCCUGCGAGUGCAAAGCUUCCCAAAUUCCGACGCCAGGUCUUAUGUCCCAGACAGUUACAAAGACUCGGUACAAAAACCCGUCCUGCAAGGGGAGACCAGCUUUGAGAAUAUCCUUGCCAAGCAUUCCCAGCAUCACCUGUCAGUGUGCCAAGUGUUCGAAAAAACUUGCAGAAUUCAUAAAACCAUGCCAGGACAAAUCCAGGUGGGAGCUUGUAUCACAACCUUAAGAACAGAGACCAAAGCCAUGGACACUGUGUGUACUACUGAAGACACAGGUCACCAGAGGAGAGGUGCUGUGAAAAUCCUGAACUCACCAACAGCAGGAAGCAGAUCAGAGGGCCUCGGUGGCCGGAGAAAUCAAGACAUUGGCUCUGGUGUGAUGAAAAUUUCCUUUGAAGAAGAGGUUGAGCCAUUAGAAAUUGCAAUAAACAGUGAAAAUGAUGUUUUCAGCAGAAGGCAAAACAGGAGCACUACUUCUGAGAGCUCUUGGUGCAAGCUAUCUAAAUCCAGUUACUCUUCCAGCUGGGAGGAGCUAAAUUGUAAUAGCAACAGAGAGUCUCCCAGGGACGGGGAGCAAGGGGAGAAGGGCUCGGUGGAGGAGUGGUGCUGCACCACAGAAUCUGAUGGAAACAGUCAGGACGCGCCCUUGUGCUCGCCGCCUCCCACAGCCUGGCGUCCUGCUCCUCGGGAGCCCCUCCAUGGCUGUGGGGGGUCUCCUCAGCAUUCCUUAGAGGGGUGUGCUCCUCAGGCUGGGCGGAUGGUGGAGAAAGAGUCUCUCUGUGGAGAAGAGCUGCAGGAGGGAAGAUGCUGUGGAGGGAGCUCUUCAGAAAAGAAAGCAAAGGGCUCGAACAGUGACUUUCCUUCCCUCUCCAUCUCUUACGCCAUUCCUAGAGGGCGAAAGGAGGAUAAGCCCUUUUCCUAUGUGGAGCUGAGCUGCAGGACCAAGGACAGCAGCAGGGAGGGACGUGUCGGUCGCUUUGAGUGCGUCCACCCAGGAGAACCUGCAGAUAGCACUGAGGAUCUCUCGUUUGAGGCACAUCCACCCCACAACGGGGGCACUUUUGUACCAUCAACAAACAUCGAGCCAAAACCAGGCAGUGACUCCUCUGUGUGUGACUGGAUGAGGAAGUCUGCUGUGCUGGGGAACAGAUCUCUCCAAGUGCCUCAAGUUGACACCCAGGCAGAAACAAUAGAUGACACUGAAUUUGAGUUCGUCAGUGUUGGAGACUUAGUCAGCAAUUACCCUACAGCAUUGGCUCCAAAGCAUGAAGCAACUCCCAGUGUGCCAACAGCUUUGCCCCCUCACGGAAAGAUACCCACAAACAAGCACUUCGACUGUGCCACUACGGAAGAAGAUGAAGAGAAGUCUCAGGACAUAGUGAGCAGCAAGAGACAAUCCAGUUCAUCUCUGAGUUCAUGGAUCAAAUCAGCACAGAUGCCCAUGAGCUCCCCUGAACGUUCGAUCCCACGGGGAAGUGGUUUUGCCUUCACACCGGGGAGAACGAAGGAAGAGAUCCUGGACGCUCGGUUUCUGAGGGAUGAGGACUACAAGCGGCUCCUGGCAGGGGUGGAGCAUAAUUGGCUUGUCCAGAGACUGAUGCCUACUGGGAUUUUUAGGGCCAAAGAGCUUCACAAAGCGUACUCUGCUCUUCUUCUGAAAUACUCCAAGAAAUCUGGGCUGUGGACAGGCCAGGAGACAGCCGUGUUCAUCGGGGACUACCUGAAAGUGGCCAAGGAAGGCAAGCAGAGAAGUGCCUUUUGGAUACACUUCCUGCACCAAGAAGAAAGCCUGGGAAGGUAUGUUGGGAAGGAAUAUAAAGAAGAAAAAGGACUCCUCCAUCAUUUCAGUGACGUGGAGCGACAAAUGACUGCCCAGUACUACGUGACAGAGUUCAACAAGAGGCUGUAUGAGCAGAAGGUCCCUACCCAGCUCUUUUAUAUCCCCUCUGCAGUACUCCUGAUACUGGAAGACAGAACUAUAAAAGGGUGUGUGAGUGUGGAGCCCUACAUCCUCGGGGAGUUUGUGAAGCUGUCCAACAACACCAAGGUAGUGAAGAAUGAGUACAAAGCCACGGAGUACGGUCUGGCUUAUGGCCACUUCUCCUACGAGUUCUCCAAGGGAACUGACGUUGUCGUUGACCUUCAAGGCUGGGUGACGGGUAAUGGGAAAGGCCUCAUCUACCUCACAGAUCCCCAGAUUCAUUCCCUCAAUAGCAAAGAUGUCUCACGCUCCAACUUUGGGAAGAAAGGAAUUUACUACUUUUUUAAUGAUCAACACGUGGAGUGCAACGAGAUCUGUCGCUGCCUGUCUUUGACGAGGCCCUCGCUGGAGCUGCUGGCCUAGACUGGCACAGGUAUCCAGGUGAAAGGCAGAGUCUUGUUGGCUGUGUCGUGCUUGUGCAUCUAAGUUAGUAAAUUUGAUAUCCAGGGAACAAGCUGAUGCAACCGAAGCCUGCGAGCAACAGGUAGAAUGAUUUUCUCACUCAUCUGCCAGGAACUAAUGACUCUAUGGAGCACUUCAGGGAAUUUCUCUUAGAAAAGAUGCAGUGGAAAGGAAGCCCCUCAGUUAUCCCAACAAUACAGGGCCGAGCCAGGCUUGCCUCCCUCCCUUUCCCUCCGAGUCACAGCAUUCCGGGCCAUUCCGGCUGGCGGAGAGUGGGUAUGGGGUGACCCCUCCAGCUGUGAGGCAGCCCCUGCACGCGAGGCAGCACGGUCCCGCUGCCAUAAACCCGGCAUCAGCUGCCCCCAGAGCCCAGCUGCUGGAUUUAGGCACAGCUCCUUCAGCUAUUCAUGGGUACUGGGGGAAAGCCUCACGUCAGCCAGCGCAGAACCACAGCCUGUGCUGCCCAAUCUCUUCUGCUUGGAAGAACACAGCAGCAGCAGCCUGCUCGGCAUCUCCUUCACACUAACCAGAACCGGGAUAUUUGCAGCAAGGUGUUGGUACCUGCUGCUGUCACCUGCUGCCUUGAGGGAAGCCCCGGCACACGGGUGCCUCCCCCAGCUCUGCGGGGAAGCUGGUGGCAGCGUGCUGCUCUCGCCCCUCUCCCGGGAGUGACACAUGCCACCCUCCUUUCUUCCACUUGGAUGAAAUCAUCUCCCCUCUCCCCUGGCAGAGCGGGAGCAGAUGGGGCUGUUGGCCUCCGCAGCCACCCGCUGCCCCAGCUCCUGUGAGCCCGCCAUGCCUCCGGCCCUCCCAGUCUGCUUGCUCCCUCCUCCAAACAGAACUUAAUCCCAUUCCCUAAUCCCAAACUUCUCUGCCAAGCUGUUCGUAAGGCAGAGUGUAUCUUCCCUCAAAAGAUACCGAGUUAUUAACGAUUUGUUUAAUGCUGGAUGCUGCUGCAGCACCGGAGCACCGGCUGCACCGAGCUGUGUGCACAGGUCCAUAGAGGCAGGUCCAGCAUCCCGGGGGGUUCCCGGGUGGCACAGCCACCGCCCAGGGGAGCAGGAUGAGGGCAGGAUCCCCCCAGCAGGCAGCAGGUGCCAUUCCUCCCUCGGUAAAAGCCCAGCGCAGCCCAAACUGCCGUGCCGGCUACCGGGGCUGCCGUCCCCUCCGAGCAGGACAUCACGUUAAUAGAGGUUGAUUUGCAAACGGCGUCGCCCCCCCAGUGCCCCCCUUUGCCUGACUCCCGCUUUUCUGCUCAAUGGCACAGAUGCUGCUUUGUGCUGCCCAGGACCAGGCAGCUAUUAGCAGCAAAUCCAGCGAGGGAAAUUAAUGAAGGCGACUACUAAUAAAAGACAGCUCAGGACAGCCCGACCAACUUGCUCCAAGCGGUAAUUAACUUUUUUUAAAACUCAUGAAGGUAAAUAUGCCAUCAGCUUUGGGCUGGUCUCUCUGCUUUUUAAUAAAAGGAGGAGUGGGGGGAGGCAAGGGAAAGGGACGGCUGCGUGUCACAGCCGCCCCAGCACCAUCCGUGUUCCCUCCCGGUCGCCGCAAAGUGACCCUCGAAGGAUGGGGUUUUUUUCUCCAAUCAGUUUUUAGAGGCUUGAUUUUAAAUCUGGCAAGAGUUCUGCCUCUCCUCAAUCUGAAUUCAGUACGAGAGGUCACGGGGAUGAGAAGGCUGCCAGAAUUUUGCUGGACUAGCACAACUGUUGCAGAAUUGUGGGUAGAAAGCAGGAUAUCCUUAUAUCCUUACACUGUCAGCUUAUCAGAGCAAAAGAGUCUGUCUUAGACUGUAAAACACAAGAUUUUUGCCUUGUAGAAGGACAACAACCUACAUCAGGUUACAAAAAAGAUCCCGCUGGGAUUUCUUUUGAUUCCAGGGGAUUGACUGUAUAAUAGAUAACUGAGAUCCUUUUUGCCCAUGGGGAAUUGGAAUUGGGGCCACAUGGGCCAAAUCCACACAUAAUACAGGACCGGGGGAAGCCCAACCUGGGGCACCAGAGUAAGGCUUUAGGAAAACUGGGUUUAAAAUGCGCCAGCCAGCUGAGAGCCCUGUCGGGAGGGCUCUUUAACGAUGGCGCUACGUGGACAGAUUUAUGCCUGCCAUGAAAGGCAGCGUGCGGCAGCCCUUGGGGUGCUGGUUUGGCUCCUCGUGGCCAUUCGUAUGCCAAGGAGAGCUGUAAAACCCCCUGGGGGCCUUCGAGCUGCCCCUCCAGCCCUGCCGGCGUGGAGGAGCUUUUAUGCCAAAAUACAAUACACAGAAGGAUCAUAAACACAUGUUCUGGGGCAAGGGGCUGCCAUGGAAACCACCCCCAGGUUCCUCACAUCAUCCAAAGAGGUGUUUGCCCAUCUUGCAUCUCCUGGUCCACUUCCAGGUUGGCUGCAGUUGGCUCUGGGGACUUGCCAUCACCUCCAAAAAUCAGUCUUCUGAGAGAAAAGAGGGAAAUAUAUGAAAAAAAGAAAGGAAGGAGAGGAAUAAACUCAAAUUAAGGGGGAUAAAGUGAGAGAAAUGCUUUUGGCCACAUUCAAAUGAAAAAUCGGGAUGAGGGUGACUGGGUUAGGUGACCAAUCCAGCCUCUCCAACUCAGCCUUUGCCAGCAUGGUCCUGCCUCCCCCUCCCAGCCUUGCCCCCCUCAGGCCCAUCUCCUCCGAGGGCAUCUCCAACCAAGCCCAGCAUCCCCCCAGGGAGCAGGGAAGGUUUGGCUGGCGUGGCUCCCACCCCAAACCCCUCUCCAAACCCCCCCUCCAUCCUCCGCAUCGUGUGCUUUUUCCCACGGUGGUUCCCGUUGCCACAGCCCCAGCAGGACGGUAACGCUCCUGCCAACAGGCUCUGUACCUGGGAUGGAGGGAAAUCCCUCCAGGAUGACGCACCUGGCAAGAAGCAGCGUCCCUCCCUGAGGAUGGCUGGGGGGAGCAUCCUGGUGCUGAGCCACCCGGGAUGUCCCUGCUGUUCCUGCAUGGCUCCAGCACCGAGAGAGAAGUGCAUCCCAUCCAUCCGGGCAUUUUGGAGAGCUGAAGGCACCUACUCCAGUGCCUCUUAAAAGAGGGAGAGAAACCGGGAAGGACAAUGAGGCCCGACCAGAAAAGAUGGAGAGGGCGCUCAGCUUCUUUUGGCAUUCCUGGAGUUUAAUCAUUAAAAGGGGUCGUUAAAAGCGAGUGAGAGUGAAAGACCCGCUCCCGACGGGCUGCCCCACACACCGCCAGCGCCGUGAAAGGCUCCCUCUUGUUUUGUUCCUCCUGGCCCGUGGCAGAUUUGGGGGGACACAGCUUCAUCUUGCUGGCCACAUCAAAGCAGUGAUUAUGCAAAUGCUCCCACUUUUUUUUUUUUUUUUUAGGGAAUUAUUUAUCACACAAUAACCCCCCUGCCAGGGGGGGAAACAAUAGAUCAGGCUAGAUAGCACUGCUCGCCCGAGGCUGCGGGGCCGGGGGGACCCCCGCGCGGUUUAUUGGCCUAACCUAAUUUCACUAAUUCUCUUUUCACACAUUUUGGGCUUUUUUUCUCUUUCUUGCCCCCCUUCCUUUCGCGGCCGUCGCUCCGAGGGCCGGGUUUCACGCUCCCAGGAUCCGGAGGGCACCGGCCGGGAUUCGCGUGCUGAGCGUUUUAUUUAAUUAAUACACUCAGGCGCCUCUGCUGGUUUUUAAUGAUUUCCAGGUGUUUGUACCCAGAAGUCCCAAAGUGCUCCCGGGAGCACGGGGACGAUGAUUGAAGGGCCUGGGCUGCCUCCAGCAUCCCCCUCCAUGGUGACAUCCCCGGCUGUGUACUGUGCACGCUGAACCAACCCCCCUGGAAUUGCCUGCGACUUGGAAUUCAUCUGACCCUCACAGAGAGGAAAUUCUUCCUCUUGUAAUCCAUGCAUUUUUUCAUCAAUAACAUUUACUUCCUACAGCCUUCUCUGCGAAAUCCAUCGGUCUGAAGUGUGAUAACUUCAUCCAUCCAUCCAUCCUGCAUUUGCCAUCAGCAUUUUCUGUACUGAGAGCCAAAGAUAAAGCAUCAGUAAACUUCCACUGAACUUCCUUCCCUCUCUCUCU